AUGUUUGUCACUGCCGCCCAGCGCAGAGACAUUGCCGUCGCGGUGCUCGUCAUAUUCGCCUUCUGGCAGCUGCGCUACGUGGUGUAUCCCGAGCCGCCGACGCACAUGGGCAGACUGAAGCACUGGAUGAACGACGCCGCCCCAAAGAGACGCAUCCGGCAUGUCCCAAGCAGCUUUGACUGGAGCAGGGUCGGCUUCAGCCACCAAUUGACCAGCCAAGUGUCUCUCCCGACACCUCUGCGCUCGCCCCGGCCCAGCGCACAGAAGAUACAGCAUCAGUUUGCGCCCGAGGACCCGGAGGGCGCGGAAGUCCGCGUAGCCCGGCUGAUGGAGGUGCGUGGGCUGUUUCGGGAAAACUGGAAGAGCUACCGGGAGCUUGCGUGGAUGCAGGAUGCGCUGCUGCCGGUAAGCGGCGGAUCGAGGGAGCAGUUCUCCGGAUGGGCGGCCACCUUGGUCGACUCGCUGGACACGCUGUGGAUCAUGGGCCUGCGAGACGAAUUCGACGAGGCCGUCGAGGCGGCUUGCCAGAUCGACUUUGGCGUGUCGACCAGCCCGAGGGUCAACACGUUUGAGACCAACAUCCGGUACCUGGGGGGCCUGAUGGCCGCGUACGACCUGAGCGGGAGGGAAGCGCUGUUGCAAAAGGCGGUCGAGCUGGGAGACUUGAUCUACGCGGCCUUCAACACGCCCAACGGAAUGCCCGUCGACUUCAUCGACUUUGCGGCGGCCAAGGCCGGCGAGGCCCUGCAACCCGAGCCGCGGGUCGUGUCCGCCUCGCCCGGCACCCUGUCCCUGGAGAUGACGCGGCUCUCCCAGAUCACGGGGGACGCAAAGUACUACGGCGCCGCGUCCCGGGUCAUGGACCUGUUUUGCCAGGGCCAGAACAGGACCGAACUCCCCGGCGCGUGGCCCAUGUGGGUGUCGAUGAGGGACGAGGACGUGGUCAGCGGCGGCGCCUUCACGCUCGGCGGCGGCGAGGACUCUCUGUUCGAGUACCUCCCCAAGAUGCACCAGCUCCUCCGAGGGGGCGACGACAAGUACCGGGCCAUGGCCGGCGCCUUUCUCGACGCGGCCGACAGGCACUUCGUCUUCCGGCCCAUGACGCCCACCGCCGAGGACAUCCUCCUGCCGGGCAACGUCAACGUGGUCGACGGCAAGCCCGUCCUGGACCCGGAGACGGAACAUCUGGCAUGCUUUGUCGGCGGCAUGUUCGGGCUGGCGGGCAGGCUGCUCAACCGCACCGACUACCUGGACAGCGGCAUCAGGCUCACCAACGGCUGCGUGUACGCGUACCGCUCGUUCCCGACGGGCAUGAUGCCCGAGCGCAUCAACACGGUGCCCUGCGACCACCGUUCCCACUGCCCCUGGCAGGAAGCCCUCUGGGACCACGAGAGGAAGAAGCGCCCCGAGUGGAAGCCGCAUCUCCCAGAGGGAUUCACCACCGCCAAGGACCCGCGAUAUAUCCUGCGGCCCGAGGCCAUCGAGAGUGUCUUUUACAUGUACAGAAUCACGGGCGACGAGGCAUUCCAAGACAAGGCCUGGGACAUGUUCACCGCCAUCAGCAAUGGCACGAGGACCGAAUAUGCAAACGCAGCCGUGUUGGAUGUCACCGUUGCGCGCUAUCCCUUGCCCAAGAUGGACUACAUGGAGGUGAGUCUUGAGUCUUGCACUGAUUGGGCUUUUCAGACUGUCACGCAGCUAAAAAAACGCAUCCCCCCCUCCAGAGCUUCUGGCUGGCCGAGACAUUAA